CGCCAGCCACCGUUGCUACCACUACAACAACAACCAAGUCAUCACUCUUCUUCUUCUUGUCUGAGAGAUUCGUUCAAAAUUCUUCAGAUCUUGUUGUUGUUAUUCACAGUAUCAUCAGAUCCAAAUCUUGAACCCCGUUUUCAACAAUGGCGAAGGGCAAGUACUCUCGCUUGCAGCCUCGGAAGUCAUCGUCGUCGACGCUGAUGCUCUCGCUGCUUGUGGCCUUCACCUUCGUCGUUCUCAUCCUUCUCGCACUCGGAAUCCUCUCCAUUCCUUCUCCCUCGCGUUCGCGUUUUCCAAAGCCUAACGAUCUCACCUCCAUCGCUCACAACACUCGAGACAGAAGCGGUGGUGCUGAAGAUGAUAACGGAGAACAGUGGGUUGAAGUCGUUUCCUGGGAGCCUCGAGCUUUUGUUUAUCAUAAUUUCCUGACCAAAGAGGAAUGUGAUUAUCUAAUCAGUAUUGCAAAGCCACACAUGCAAAAAUCGACAGUUGUUGAUAGCGAAACUGGAAAAAGUAAAGACAGCAGAGUCCGUACAAGCUCCGGAACUUUUCUGGCCAGAGGACGUGAUAAGAUUGUGAGGAAUAUUGAGAAAAAAAUUGCCGACUUCACUUUCAUACCUGUAGAGCACGGUGAAGGGCUUCAAGUUCUACAUUACGAAGUUGGACAGAAGUAUGAACCUCACUAUGACUACUUUCAGGAUGAAUUUAACACUAAGAAUGGAGGUCAACGCAUUGCAACAGUACUGAUGUACCUUACAGAUGUUGAAGAAGGGGGUGAGACAGUGUUCCCGGCUGCCAAGGGGAACUUCAGCUCUGUGCCGUGGUGGAAUGAGCUUUCAGAUUGUGGUAAAAAAGGACUUUCAAUUAAACCAAAGAGGGGGGAUGCUUUACUUUUCUGGAGCAUGAGGCCGGAUGCAACCUUAGAUCCAUCAAGUCUGCAUGGCGGUUGUCCGGUGAUUAAGGGUAAUAAGUGGUCAAGUACCAAAUGGAUGCGUGUCAGUGAAUACAAAGCUUGAAUAUACAUUACUACAGGUUUCUAAGAGUCCAUCAUUCCCAUAUUGUACUACUUUAAAGGCUGAGCUAAAACUCUGCACGAUAAUACUUGCGGCCUUGAAGGAAAUGCUUAUAGAUGCCGAUGUUUCUGUGAUUUUGGAUGUUCCGUUGUAUCCUCAGCUAACUAAUUUUUUCCCCCUACAUUUUUCAUUUAUAUUAGUAAAAAUAUAAUAAUAUAAUAUAAAAAAGAGUUUAUACAUGUUACAGUUUGCAUUAGGGGUUUUUGGAGAGAAAUGUAUCAAACCAAUAGAUGAGACCAGUGUACCUGCUUUUUCCUCAGAGUUCCCUUAACCUUGUGUAGUUAUCGUUGUUACAGUUUUACUUGUGUUGUUAAUUACCCCUUUACGAGAUGCCUUCUCUACAUCAUUGCACCUUUUCAGUCUAAAAGACUAAAGAGCAGUGUUGAGUUUACCUUUUGAAA